ACCAGUGUCCUUUGGUACAUUCACCCCGUGCAGCACAAUGUCCGGGUUUGGGAAGCAACUCUCCUGCAUUUUGAGCAGUAUACUGCUCUUGUUUUGCGGCGGAAUGCACAUCGGUUGGAGCAUAACACACCUGAACAUGGGCGGCAACGCGUGGGCGGUCGGUAUUUCGGUAGAUGAGUUCCGUUUCGCCAUACUUUCCUUCUUUACCGGGUGCGGCUUUAUCAUACUGAUCGUGGCCGCCACGAAGCAGUUGGUUCCGACACGCAUCUGGCUGGUACUGUCGGCUUUCUUUUUCAUGAUCAACGGUGUGUUUUUCACUGCGAUGCCGACGUACUACGCCGCAACGGUGGCAACGCGCAUUAUUGCAGGAUUUGGUCAUGGAAUUUGCCACGUAGUUUCAAUUAUCUACGUCGGUGAAAUUGCUUCACGGAACUUCCGCGGCAAGCUGGUAGCCAUUCUGGUAUCGUCCAUCGUAGGAGGUGUCGCUCUGUUCACUGUCCUUUCGAUGGUGACCACCAACCCCAUCUUCAUCGUGGAACCGAACAUGCAUGCCAACCGAGCGAUCGGCAUCGUCAUCCUUUCCCUCAGUACACUCGCCCUCGUGCCCGCCUGGUUCCUGGUGAUCGAAUCUCCCCUGCACACGCUCACGACGUCCGGUAACGAAACGUUAGCCAGGAGCAACCUGAUCAAAUUGCGUGGCCUGAGCGUGGAGUCACCGUCGCUAAUGGACGAGUUCGAGGAUAUGAAAACGCUUGCCGCGGAAAGCGAAAGCCUGUCGCCGUUUUUCCUCUCGCAGGGAAAUUUCCCCGCGUUCCAGCUGGCACUGCUCGUGAAACUAGCGAACCUGCUGUUCUUCAACUACUCCAUGAACACGGCCAAGAUGUCGUUGAUGUCACUCAUGUUCACCCUAACGGUAUUCACGCACAACUGGGCCCCACCAAUGCUGUGGCUGAGCAAGUUCGCCGGUUCUGUGCUGGCGAUCUUCAUCAUCGAUCUGCUUCCGCGCCGAUUCCAGUACGGCUUUUCGUCCGUCUUUACCGGCUCGUUCAUGCUGGCACUCGGUAUUAUCCUGGCGACGUACGAUGUGGUUGCAUCGUGGAUUCCGCCAUUCCUCUACAUGGUGGCGGAGGUGUUCAACACCUUCGGUAUGCUGCCGGUACCGGAGAUUAUGCUUUCGGAGGCCUUCCCACCGAAGAAGCGAGCGCUGUCCGUUUCAUCCAUUCUAAUUUGCGAGUACGUCGGUCAUAUGGUGGUGUACAUCAUCUACUUCAAUGUACCGAGUACGCUUACGAACACCUACAUCAAGACGCUCGUGUUCUCGGGUGUGAUACUACUGAAAUGUCUCAUCGCGGUGCUAACGACGCCCGAUACGAGAAACAAGUACCCACGGGAAGCGGUACAUUUGUACAUGCAUAAGAAGAAAUAA